ACAAUAACUUGAACAAUCGCAGUCAUCACCUCUAAUCACAGUUGCUACUACCUACUACAACGACACGAUGAAGAUCUUUUCGCUCUCAAUUCUCUUGACGACUUCCUCAGGCCCGAGCACGCUGCUCUCGACAGCGUCUGACCUUUCCUCGUUCUCGUUCUACCAGCGCGGCUCCGUUGCAGAGUUCAUGACCUUCUUCUCUCGCACUGUCGUCGAGAGGACACAAGCCACCCAGCGGCAGAGCGUACAAGAAGGCAACUACACUGCACAUGUUUGGAACAGAGGCGGCCCAGAAAAUAUUGCAGGUAUCAUCAUCACGGACCAUGAAUACCCUGUCCGCCCCGCUUUCUCGCUUAUAGCGAAACUGCUCGAUGAUUUCAUCACUAAAGUUCCUCAGUCGACCUACACCACCUCUGCUGCUCCCUCGAUACCCUUCCCAGAAAUCGAAACUUAUCUCCAGAAGUACCAGGACCCCCGCCAGGCUGAUGCUAUCAUGCGAGUACAACAGGAACUAGAUGAGACGAAGAUCGUGCUCCAUAAAACCAUUGAAUCGGUUCUGCAGCGUGGAGAGAAACUGGACAAUCUCGUAGACAGGUCACAAGCGUUAUCUGCACAGAGCAAGAUGUUCUACAAGACCGCUAAGAAGCAAAACUCCUGUUGCGUCAUUAUGUAAUGGGCAACCUGCUUCCACUGUCCACCUUAUCCACACUGUCCCACCCAUAACUGUACAUUCAUAAAUGAGACAGACGAUACACUACCUACCUACAGUGCUCACGAAUUAUAUGUUUUCACGCCUUUGCUUGGUGUGCGUAGGUCUUAAACGAACCCAUGCCACCCU